AUGGAACUGCCGAAAUCUCUAUACUGGGAUCCCACGACCUAUCCGUCGCUGUCCGACGAAGAGGCCGGACACGUCCGCCAAAUAUACACCUUCACAGAACAAUACUUCCAGGAUCCGCGCUUCGACGCUUCUCAUGACUUUGCGCACGUGAGACGCGUCGUCACCAACGCUCUUGCCAUUCUUAAGAAGGUAGAAGACCAGCGCAAAAGACAGGCCCUCCCGGCUUUAAAUCCCUUGAGUGUCAUUCUGGGAGCGUUGCUGCAUGACGUCGAGGACAAGAAGUAUGUCGCUGUGAGCACGGAACAGCAGGCGGGGUCGUUGCGCAAGGCGGUCACCCAGGUGGGACUGUCGGAGUCUUACGCCGAGCACAUCCAACUGUUGGUCGACGGCGUGUCGUAUUCCUCUGAAGUGAAGGAUCCGGAGCGCGUAGAGAAGCUCAUCGAGCUGAUACCGGAACUGGCUGUGGUGCAAGAUGCUGACCGGCUCGACGCGAUGGGGGCUAUCGGUAUUGGGCGGUGCUUCACCUUUGGAGGGGCAAAGGGCGCGCGGAGCCUGGAAGAUUCCAUCCAGCAUUUCGAGGACAAGUUGCUGAAGCUCGAGGGGAUGAUGAAGACCGAUGCGGGGCGAGCCAUGGCGAAGGAGAGAUCGAGCAGGAUUCGAGACUUCAUGGGCUGGUGGAAAGACGAGGUCGAAGUGGCGGACAAGAAGGGUAGACAGCCCGAUUUCGAUACUUGA